CAUUUUUUUUUAGGGGGAUAUGCAGCGAGUGGAGUAUUCUAGGUUUGUAUCUAUUUUAAAGGUGUCUAGUCUUAGCUAAUUCGUUGAUUUAUUGACCUAAAUGUAUUGAUUUAUUGACAGGUCUUAACUCACAUUAUAGAGACCCUUACCAACGUCAGAGUGCGGUCGCUUUCCCACCCAAUCAAAGCCGAGUAUAGCUCCUCGAAACAACACACUUUGGCGACAAUUGGAUGCCUGGCUUGUCACUCAUAAUUUAGGGCGUUGAUGAACAAUGGCACGAAAGGCCACAAAUGAGAAUUGUUAGUGCUAUCAGGGAUCCUUGGGACAUAACCUUUACUCUAACCUUAACCCUUACCAUUUUACAUGUCAACUUCAAUUGGGGCAACGUCAAUGUCGUGACGUGCCAAGGAUCCCGAAUAGCUUUACGCCAAAUGAUAAUAGCAAGGCGUUUGUACUACCGUUAGCUAGCUGUCAACAGCAGUAGAUAGGAAGAGUUAGACUAACGUUUAUAUAGCUACAUUUUGAUUUUAAAAAAAAAAUGACAAUCGCGUGUUAAAUAUGCAAUAUCUCGUCACCAGAUGUGCAAGGUAUGACGCCUUUAUCUUGUUGUAUUUUCGCAAUAUGUUUUUAGCACGCGAGCUAACUGACGUUAGAUGUAACUGUUACUAUCAACGAAUAGCAUGCUAACUUUAGCUAGCUACAGUACCUAGCGCCAAAUCCAAUAAUUGGCAUCGUUUAAGACAUCACGAGUUACACGUAUAAAAGGUUAACUCUGUCAAUCCUCCCAUGCUGAAAUCCCCCAUGACUAGUUUUGAAAGCAGUUUCAAUGCACAGUUGGGAGUAGGCUAUAAUGCAUUAUCUGUGGUAUGCAUGUCAUCAGCACUGCACUCCUCGUAAAUAGCUUUGUUUUGGUUCUUUUUGACAACAACAGAUUCACCCUCUCCUUGGUAGUGCCAGGAGUUUUUCCUAGACUUGUCACUUGUUCAGGAAACUCUUGGUCCUUGGUAUUACAUAUGUUUUUCUGACAACCCAAAAAGUGUAUGACUUAUCCUACUACAACUCACCGAUUAUUAUUGUUUCAACAAGGGCAUUGCGGAUGUAUUAGCCUGAACUGGUGCCCAGCGUGACUGUUCUGUACUCCGAUAUCGAACAUAUUCCCAUCGGUGAAGUAAUUUAGUGCUCAUACAACCACAAAACAACCAUGGAUACCUACGUAGCCAUCCAUGGCAAGAACAUAUCCCACAAUCCCCUCUCCUCCUCCCAAGCCAUGUCUAUCGACAAGCUCUUCCCGGCUCUCCUGGAGUGUUUUGGGAUCAUCCUGUGUGGAUACAUCGCCGGUAGGACAGACAUAAUCACCUCCUGUCAAACUAAAGGAUUAGGGAACUUUGUGUCUAAAUUCGCCCUCCCGGCGCUGCUCUUCAAGAACAUGGUUCUGUUGGACUUUAAUAACGUGAUCUGGUCGUUCCUGUGGAGUAUCCUGAUAGCCAAGGUGUCGGUGUUCGUCCUGGUGUGUGUUCUGACGCUAGCCGUGGCCAGUCCGGAGAGCAGGUACAGCAAGGCAGGACUCUACUCCAUCUUCGCUACGCAGAGCAACGACUUCGCCCUGGGGUAUCCCAUUGUGGACGCCCUGUACAGGAACACACAUCCAGAAUACCUGCAGUACAUCUACCUGGUGGCUCCUGUCUCCCUGAUGUUCCUCAAUCCCAUAGGAUUUGCCUUCUGUGAGGUCCAGAAGUGGAAGGACCACCCAGAGAGACAGCAGGGCAAGUUGCAGAUCGUCAGUGUGGUGCUGCUGCAGGUACUGAAGAACCCGAUAGUGUUCAUGGUGGUGGUCGGGAUCGUGUCCCACUUUGCCCUGGGCCAGAGGAUCCCUGCUGUGAUGGAGGAGUUUGUGGAUGGCCUGGCCAACUCCUUCGGAGGAGCAGCUCUCUUCUACCUGGGACUAUCUAUGGUGGGACAGGUGGGCAAACUCACCAGGUCUACUGGAGUAGCCCUUAUCCUGCUCAUCACUGCCAAACUGCUGGUGAUGCCUCUCAUCUGUAAGGACAUGGUGGACCUGCUGGACUCUACAGGUUCCAACAGCAGCAGUCUGAACCACUCCAGCCUGUCCAACUAUGCCUUUCUGUACGGGGUGUUCCCCCCUGCUCCCAGCGUAGCCAUCUACGCAUCACAGUACAACAUGGAGCUGGACGUGGUGACGUCAGGGAUGGUGAUCAGCACGUUCCUGUCUGCCCCCAUCAUGUACGUGUCAGCCUGGCUCCUGACCAUCCCCCUGAUGAACCCCAAGCCACUGGUCACUGAGCUGCAGAAUGUCAGCUUCAACAUCAGCAUCGUCAGCCUGGUCGCACUGUUCCUAGUGUGUGUCGGGAUGAUCCUGUGGAACUUCGUAGUGAAGCAGGAGGACAUCUUGGGACAGGUGUUGACAUUCACACUGCUCUAUGGGUCACUCUACAGCACAUAUGUCUGGACUGGUCUCAUUCCUCUCUCUUUGGUUCUGACCAAGAAGGACAAUUUGCUGAGGAUUCCACCUUGGGUCUUCAUGGUCUUUGGCUGGGGCAUACCGUUCCUCAUCCUUGGAGGUCUGCUCCUGGCAGGAGAGAGGAUGCCUGAUACUAUAGACUCUGCCUUCUUCUAUGGCAGGGCUCAGAUCAUCAGUACUGCAGUAGUAGUUUCCUGCAGCAUCUUGGUAGGUGGUUUCUCUCUGAUGGGUCUCAGCCAGGGCACCAAGGAGAACCAGAACUACCAAGUCCUGGAGAGAGCCUCCAACACAGGUACUAUAGAGGACAUGAGGCCCCCUGGACACCAGGAGGACCAGAACUGCCAAGCCCUGGAGAGAGCCUCCAACACAGGUACUAUAGAGGACAUGAGGCCCCCUGGACGCCAGGAGGACCAGAACUGCCAAGCCCUGGAGAGAGCCUCCAACACAGGUACUAUAGAGGACAUGAGGCCCCCUGGACGCCAGGAGGACCAGAACUGCCAAGCCCUGGAGAGAGCCUCCAACACCGGUACUAUAGAGGACCUGAGGCCCCCUGGACACCAGGAGGAGCCCUCAGCACCAGAGACCAGCAACAACAGUGACUGUUGUAGCUGUACACAGCCCGUGCCCGACAUGAUCAACGGCGCCACCAGGAACGACACUCCCACAUCUCUAACAGGCCAGUGUGGGGCGCUGUGUGAAACCCAGCAGCAGCAGUGUAGUCCACCAGUCCAGGAUGACAGACAGCUGGUCAGACACGUCCUGUUGUGUCUACUCCUCAUAGUUUCCCUGCUGGCUAACCUGUCCAGUUGUCUAUGGUGGUUGUUCAACCAGGACCCUGGUAGACUGUACCUGGAGCUGCAGUUCUUCUGUGCUGUGGCCAACUAUGGACAGGGCUUCAUUUCGUUUGGUAUCUUUGGCCUGGACAGGCAUCUCAUCAUUCUGCCAUUCAAGAAGAGGUUAGUGAGCCUAUGGCAGGGCAGGGAGAGUGAGGAGGAGCCCCCCUCUGUGGUUCCAGAGGAGAUCAGGCUGACCUGCACUCAGUUUGUCCUCUAUCAUAAAGACCAGUGUGUUCAGGACAUAGUGCCCAUCAGAAGGUGUGAGGGAGACACGGUUCAGGAGAGGGAGCGCUCCAGGGAGAGACCUGGUCAGGGGACUUAUCCUCCAUCCCAGGCCCAGACUCAGGCCACUUUCCUGGGCAGUGAUCUGGUGGACUGGCUGGUGAGGGUGGGUCUGGCCCGGGACAGGGGGGAAGCCCAGCUCUAUGGGGCUCAGCUCCAGCAAGGAGGGAUACUGCAACACCUCACACACCAGUUUGGCUUCAGGGACGACACCCUCCUACACUACCGCUUCACUGAGAGGAGCUGGACGCCACCGAUGGAGAGGAACAGCAUAUUGCCUCCUGUGGCCAUGUAAUGUUCCCAGAGAGAGAGGGAGGGAGGAGGAGGGGGGGGGAUUACUAUUCAGCAUUAUGCCUCCUGUGGCCAUGUAAUGUUCCCAGAGAGGGAGGGAGGAGGAGGGGGGGGGGGGGGAUUACUAUUCCGCAGUGUUGUUGUCAAGUCACUAAACCUUGACUCCUAACUCCUAAACCUUGACUCCUAAGUCCUAAACCUUGACUCCUAACUCCUAAACCUUGACUCCUGAGUCCUAAACCUUGACUCCUAAGUCCUAAACCUUGACUCCUAAGUCAUGGAUUAGAAUAUUACAACACUGCUAUUCAGUGAGAUGAAACGUUCAGAUGGAAAUAUAAUGAGAUAGACCUGACACCAUUUAGCAUUCCCAUUUCCACAUAUCAGACAAUCAUAUCUGUUCUGUGUCAUACAUUUCUAUCUGAACAUUUCUGUAACGUUUGCACCCUCCUGAAUGAACCCAAUAAGAAAGAAAGAUGGUGGGCUGAGAGUAGUGCACUAUGAAGGGAACAGGGCUCUGGUCAAUGAAGGGAAUAGGGCUCUGGUCA